AUGUCUACACCGAGGCUCCGAGGUCCUACAUCCAGCGGCGAUGUGGCCCCAGAGCCUGCCCUUCCGUCAGCCACACUCUUCCGGCGAUCGCGAUUCUGCCUUCUGUCAGACUGGCUGCACCAUCGCUGUUCCUCCAACAGUCUCCCUACUAGCCGCAGCUUCUCCGGCAUGUUCUCGGGCAGUAGCUCCUCCACGCCAACUGGUCGUUCGGGUGCGCAUCCCGCACCCAACAGUUCCUCCUCUGGUGCGCCUUCGGCAAGUGAGGGUUCCUCCGGCGCGUCCUCGGCAAGUGAGUCCUCCAGGGUAUCCUUCCCCGGCGUGUCCACGGCAGGUAAUUCCUCCGGCAGACCGGAACCCACCAGAUCCUUGGGCGGGGAUCCCAAGCUAGCUGCUCAUUCCGGCACACAUCCUGCACCCACUAGUUGUUCCUCCGGCGCGUCCCUGACAGACAGCUCCUCCAGUGCGUCUUCUGCAGGCAGCUCCUCUGGUAUGUCUUCGGCAGGCAGCCCCUCCGGCGUGUCCUCGGCUCGCCUUUGCCUUCGCGUGCAAAUUGCGAAUGCAAUAUCCUUUUCGGAAUUCUCAUCGCUGCAUUCAUCACUCUCCCUCACUACGUCAAAAUCAGUGUUGCUCUAG